AAGGUACCCGAAAACCUUUAGUAAAAGUACCCGAGGCAUUUUAGAAUGUACCUCAAAACCAGGUACCUUUAAAGGUACUUGAAAACCUUCGAUAUCGUCGAUCUUUUCCUUCCCGAUCCUCAAAUAACCCUUAAAAAUCUUCAAAACAGUUUAAGAAAUAAAUACACAGAUGCCAGGAAAAGUGACUUUUCUAAUUGACCGAUCAGUCGGCAUUUAUUUUGUCGAAAACACCCUUCUUCAUCCCAAGUGUCCCUCUAUUCAAGAUGGCCGACCGAGCGACGCUCGCGAAACUCUCCCUUGGCGGCCUUUGUUCAGCUAAUAAAUUGGAUUGAAUAAUUUGAAGCUAAGUAAUUGCAAGACCUUGCCGGUAAGGAGGCGCGAUUAAUCGGAGUUUCGGUCGUGACCCUCGAGCGGCCGAAUUUAAUAUUCAUUAAUUAUGUGCCGAGAGGGAGAGAGGAAGAGAACGAGCCAUAUGAGCCCCGGGAUACACCCAUGUAUCAAUAGCGCCGGAAGUCAAGAGACACGUAAUGUCAAUAUUAAUGCCCGUUACGGUACGCGUUAACUAAUGUCGACCAACUCGUGUGCAAAUCCGUACCCGAGUACCCGUUUUGAUUCGAUCUUUGGUACCGAGUAUCAAAGGCUCUUUGAGAUACUUUGAUCGAUCUAUAUCAGAAUUCUGUAAUAACGGCUCGUUUCCGGCGGAUGACGUACUGUCUCGAGUAUUCCCGUUGAUUGUUCGCAAGUCGCGACCGCACGAUUUAGACAUUGUUCAAUGACUACGUAUUUUCAGGAGUUGACACGAUUAAUUACCCCUGCGACCGGGAAAAUCUCCUGUACACGACAAUAAAAAAUUUACCGCUAAAGAAAUGUUUUAUUAUUAAGUGAAUUUAUCCUGUCCGUUGAUCACAUCGUCCCAUCCCUCCACUAGUUAAUUGCAAAAGUUAAUUGGAAAUCUCGUAGGACAACCCAGCAACUCUGUAACUAACGAUAGCAGUGUUAUUAAAUGAUUUCCGAAGGAAGGGAAUUUCUCAAAGGUAUUUUGGUCACUUGGAAAGCCAAUCGGUAAAUGAGGGUCAUCCUCGUUGACACGCGCUGUUAUUGCCUCGGUUCUGUCAAAAGACUCCCUGCCAAUGUCCUCCCACUACCUUUUCCCGAUCUCGCCGGUAAUUACCUUGACAUCCACACAUCAAGGCGUGUUACACGGAAUAUAUAAAAACCGUGGGAGUCGCGUGGCCGACUAUGAGUUCGCCACUGCUCGGGGACCGGUUCGCGUACUUUCCAUGUCGAUACGGCUUUAAAAGCUCGCCCAAAAGUUCGAAAUCCCUAUUAAAUCUCAACCUGGGUCCCGAUCGUACGUGUGUCUCCGUGCCGGUCCCUGUUUUUGUGCCGAUUUCUCAUAUUUCAGAGAAGAAACGAACCCUAACGCCGGAUCCAAGAUGGCGGCCGCGCUGCAUAAGGGACGCGCAAGAAGAUGGGCGCUUCUGGUCGUCGCUGGAAUUUUCGCUCUCAUUGACGAAUGCGCCGCCUGUGUGGGGAAAACCAUGCUUCGCGCCGGAGGAUUGACAUGUCAAGACAAACAGAGCAUCCUUGACGAGCACAAUCGUCUUCGACAGCUGGUUGCCCUGGGGCAAAUCCACGGCCAACCUGGAGCCGCGAAUAUGAUGGAACUGAUUUGGGACGACGAAUUGGCUGCAGCUGCGCAAAGAUGGGCAGAUCAAUGCAAAGAAUCCCAUGACACAUCCAGGAAUGUCCGAAGAUUCGCGGUGGGUCAAAAUAUAGCAAGAACAUGGACCACGAGGCCUCCUGGACCUUACGACUCGGAACCUAAUUGGAGGCGACAAAUAUCUGGAUGGUUCAACGAGGUGCAACAUUAUCACACAGGAUUCAGCAGAGCAACCGGCCAUUACACUCAGCUUGUAUGGGGUGACACAUAUCUACUGGGCUGUGGAUACUCUUUUUACUACGACCCUGCCCGAGGUUACACCAAGAAUUACGUCUGCAAUUACGGCCCCAGUGGAAACGUCCUUGGAUAUCAACCUUAUCAUUCCGGACAACCAGCCUGCAAUCGAUAUGGAAUGUCUUACUCGAACAAGUACUCCGGGCUUUGUUGUAAGUAUCCAAGCCAUACGGUCAAGAUUAAUUUCACAUGUCCACGUGUUCGAGACUUCUCGCCGGUGAAAUAUUUUCCUCCUGAGAGCUCCGUUACGCAAUUAGCAUAUUCUUUUCUCCGGUCUAUCGCGACCGGUAUUCCCUUCGUUAUAAACAUUCAUUAACGACAUGGUCCGUCCGCUUUUAUGGGAAUAUUUUAGUCGCAAACCUCCCCGAAGCUCACGUUAAAAUCCACCGAUAACGUUUACAGUAAUUUCGGUUUCGUGUCAAUAGCCCCUUUAGGUGGGACUUGAUCGUUUGAGAAAUAGAACUUGCGAUGGUUUAGAUUGCACGCGAUAUCCCAUAUCGCGAUAAACUUCUCAAAUAAUUUUCCAUUCCCCCUUGGUCGCAUAAAAAUUCCUCCUUCAUACAGUCGGACUAAUUACCCCAUAAAGAACAAAACAGCCCCCUCCUUGAAAGUCCAUCAUUCAUUUAAUUCUGACAUUGUUUCCAUGCCCAGAAUUAAUUACACCGUAGAUACCGCUCCCAGUAGUUGAUUAUUUAAUUAGGAUUGUUGUUAAAUAUUUUUUAAUAUCCGAGAUAUAUUAUUUUUUUAGCCGCAAGAGACGGAUUCUAUCACUUGGGUGCAUUAUGUGCAUACGGCUAAAGUUCCGGGGUUCCAGUCGAUCACUGUCAAACCUGUACUUGACAGGGCCUGUCAUGGAAGAGGAUUAUGACAGCAAUUAGCUCGAAACACUCCAAGAAUGUCGACGUAUUCCCUGCCAAGGAAUUCCCUCCAAGCAAAGGAAGAUACGACGCGAAUUGAUAGAAUUAGGUUAGGUUAGGAAUUGCGAUCGCUCGUUGUAAUAGAAUCCUAAGAUUAUGUUUUGCAGCGAUCGUAAACGCUUCUAGUCCAUUAGUAUCUAUUAUUAUUUAAAAAGAUUUAAUGACAACGUCACGUGGUAAUUGUUACUUAACUCUACCCUGUUUAUC